GAUCCCUGUAAGUGGGCGUGAUAGUCUCUCCCAGUUCGAGGCUUUCUUGUUACCGGCAUUCCAUACUGGUGAGCGGUUGGAGAGUUCGGCGGUUUCACCAGUUUACCUCGCUCCGCGGUCUUCUCCUGACUUCCCCGGAUUAGGAGGAUCGAAGCCCCAGCACCCGGGAAACGUCCAUAGACUCUCGCUUCUUCCUCUCCGAUCUCCAGGCGACGACGAAAGGCCCCGGCGCUCCCAUCAUGGCUGACAACGACAAACUGGACAACCAGCGGCUGAAGAAUUUCAAGAACAAAGGCCGCGAUUUGGAGAGUAUGCGAAGACAGAGGAAUGAAGUAGUCGUCGAAUUAAGAAAGACUAAAAGGGAUGAACACUUGCUAAAAAGAAGAAAUGUUCCUAAUGAUGAUGUCUGUGAAGAUUCAGAUGCUGAUGCAGAUUUCAGAGUGCAAAAUACCUCUCUUGAAGCAAUUGUACAGAAUGCAUCCAGCGAUCAUCAGGGUAUUCAGCUUAGUGCUGUACAGGCUGCAAGAAAGCUCCUGUCUAGUGAUCGCAAUCCACCCAUUGAUGAUCUGAUAAAGUCUGGUAUCUUACCGAUCUUGGUUCACUGUCUAGAAAGGGACGAUAAUCCAUCUCUUCAGUUUGAAGCUGCUUGGGCCCUGACAAACAUUGCAUCCGGAACAUCUGAACAGACAAAAGCAGUGGUCCAAUCAAAUGCUGUGCCGUUAUUCUUGAGAUUAUUGCAUUCUCCUCAUCAAAAUGUGUGCGAACAGGCAGUGUGGGCCUUGGGGAAUAUAAUUGGUGAUGGACCUCAGUGCCGAGAUUAUGUAAUCAGCCUUGGUGUGGUGAAGCCAUUGUUGUCUUUCAUCAAUCCAUCAAUUCCCAUAACGUUCCUGCGAAAUGUUACCUGGGUAAUGGUGAAUCUGUGCCGCCAUAAAGAUCCACCACCACCUAUGGAGACGAUUCAGGAAAUCCUCCCAGCGCUGUGUGUCCUCAUUCACCAUACAGAUGUUAAUAUAUUGGUGGAUACCGUGUGGGCAUUGUCCUAUCUAACAGAUGCCGGAAAUGAGCAAAUCCAAAUGGUGAUAGAUUCUGGAAUAGUCACAAACUUGGUUCCUCUUCUAAGCAACCCAGAAGUAAAAGUGCAGACCGCUGCCCUGAGAGCUGUUGGAAACAUUGUUACCGGUACAGACGAACAGACACAGGUCGUUCUGAACUGUGAAGCUCUCAUGCAUUUCCCUGCGCUGCUUACACAUGUCAAGGAAAAGAUUAACAAGGAGGCUGUUUGGUUUUUAUCAAAUAUCACUGCUGGCAACCAACAACAAGUCCAGGCGGUAAUUGAUGCCAACCUUGUUCCGAUGAUAAUUCACCUGUUGGAUAAGGGUGAUUUCGGGACGCAGAAAGAAGCUGCAUGGGCGAUAAGCAACUUAACGAUCAGUGGAAGGAAAGAUCAAGUUGCAUAUCUUAUCCAGCAAAAUGUUAUCCCUCCAUUCUGCAGCUUGCUUACUGUAAAAGAUGCUCAAGUCAUACAAGUAGUGUUGGAUGGACUAAGCAACAUAUUAAAAAUGGCUGACGACGAGGCUGAAACCAUAGCGAAUCUUAUUGAGGAGUGUGGAGGCCUGGAAAAGAUCGAGCAACUACAGAGCCAUGAGAAUGAGGAUAUCUACAAGUUGGCUUUUGAAAUAAUUGACCAGUUCUUCUCAUCAGAUGAUAUUGAUGAAGAUUCUAGCCUUGUCCCAGAAGCAAUACAAGGAGGAACAUUCAAUUUCAAUUCAUCUGCCAACGUACCAGCGGAAGGUUUCCAGUUUUAGGAGGAAUGGUUGGAAGUUUUGGUACAGCGCAGCAAUGAAAACUGGUUUGAUCCAUCAAGCUUGGCUCAUGGGAUCUGCUGCUGCAUUAAAUCGGAGAAAGAAAUGUGCGGACUUCAUUUGGAAGACAGUACAGACCAAAUGAAGUCAAGAUGGCGAGUGGGUGCGAGUGAGAAUGAGUGGCAUAUGUAAUGAAAACUUCACUCCGAAUGCUUAUAUAGGUUGUGCAGGAAAGGGCUACAGGUCAAAGAUCUUCAGUGCCCGAGUUGGAACAUUGAUCUACCAGAGUAAAUGAGGAAAUGCAGUACUAUCAUCAUCAAGCCUUGUAAGCAUAAAAGAAAUCUAUGGGUAGGAUGCCCACAUAAGUCCAAGGAGAAUAAGCCCAGGCCUUGCUGAGAAGCUCCGUAUGAAUGGACAGCGUUGAAUGAAUGUCUGGACACAGCGUUGUGGAGCCAGGCUCAUUUUUCUGACUGUGAGGUUGUUCCCUCACCAAGCAGACUCCCAGUCAAGGAGUGGCGUGUGUACGAGAGUGUGGGUGUGGGUGCUGUAUGUGAACGCAUGCAAGCUUCAAUCGCCUUCAGGGCGUUGAUCCUAAAUCUGGAAAACAACAACAAGUUUCGAAGUGUUAACCUUACACUGGACAUGAAAACAGACCGGUUUAGCAGCAGAUUUUGUUUUUUUCCUGCAGCCUGUGUGCUUUAUUUUACUUUUUAUUUCUUUUUUUUUUUUCUCUUUUUAAUUUCAAGUCUAGCUUUUUUUUUUUUUUUUUUAAGUUGCUUGUAAAAUAAGGAAACUGAUGAAGGUAAUAACCCUGUGCAUUUGCACCAGAUGAAUGUUGAUGUUAUGCAAGCUGUUCCAUAUCAUCAAUUGUAUAAAAAGAAUCUGCAUGACAAAUGAGGAUCAUCGCUAGAUAUUGACUGUUUUUCGCAGUACUAGAGCUGCCCAUAUAAUAAAAAAGUAGAAAGUUAGUGGUUAGGCCACCUUUUCAUUUUCAAAGAUAACAUGACUUAUAUUUGCAUGUUUAUCGACAGCAUAGUUUAAUUUUUAGGAACAUUUUGUUGAGUCCUGUACAUACGUUUUCAGUUGUGGUAGAAACUGUGCUGUGUUUCAGUCCUAUUUGUUUUCAAACUUUGUUUUCUAUGAAAAUGAUAUGGAAACGUCUGAACUUAAAUUUGGUGCAUAUGUACUGCUACGCUUGGAUUGUUAGGCGAUGUGAUUAGAUAUAUAACUCAGUUCAUGGGUUUCGACACACUUAAUAGCCGUCUGAGUGUCAGGGGUCUUAAGAAUUGUCUGCUGGCACACGGAGGGUUAAUCACGCUUGGGCAGUUCCACUGUUUUAGAAUCUUCUUUUUUUUUUUAUUAUCUUAGAUGUAGGCAGCCAUGAACAAUCUCUAUUUUGAGCCACUUUAGGGAGGAUUUUUAUAUACAUAUAUAUAAAAAAAAAACUUGCAUUAAUUGCAUGCAAGGGUCUUUUUAAUUCGAAGGCUUGGCCUCUGUCUGAGGUAAAAACAAAAACACAAAACACUAAAUUAAAAGCGAAGAUAAUUUGUGGAAUGAAACUCUUUAUAAGGUGGCUCAUUGUAGGUAAUGCUGUGCCUUCUUCUUGAGCACAAGUGUUGCAUGAACUUGCAAUUUGCUAUUAAAGACAUUAAAAGUUAGCCGCCAUUAGCAUCGAUAUCUAUAUCUUGUGUUUAAAGUUUAUCUGGUGAUUCUGAAACACUGUAGAAUGGAGAUUAUUUUGUGAUCCUAUUUCUUUGUUGGAUUAGAGUAUUUUUGCAGCAUUCCUUGUCAUCUGAAACAUGGUUCAAGUUUAAAACGAGACUGAAUAACGCUAGCUUGUUAACAUAUUAAUGUAGACGGCAAGCUAAGGCUGUUGUGGGGAAAUAAAGCGUAAACCUUAAGACAA